CUUGGAGAUUCUCAACCCAGCAACCCCAUCUCAGUCUUUUCAUCUCAGACACGAAAAUCAGGGGAGCGUAUGCUAAGAGCUCGCUUAUGCAAGUCGCUGACGCUAGGAUGAUCCAAAACGGAUGUCAAAGGUGUCAACGGAGUCGAGAUAACCUCAUGUUGACUAAGUCUUCGCUAUGGAUAUCGUUGUCACAGCCCUUGCCAUGCGAUGGUAACGGCCUUAAUGGAAAUUGAGCGCUCAAGUGGAUCGCAAGCUCUUUGCAUUUCUUCAAAAUAUAUAAGAUAGGUGAUGCUCCCUCUCUAAAUAUCUUUCCUCAUCACCAUCAUCAACUGCAACAACAUCUUCAAACCUCACUCAUACACUCAAACAACCAUAUUUUCUCAUCAGCUUUAUCUGCUUCCUCAACUAUCAAUCAUUACUCAUCUAGUUACCUCAAAAUAUUUCAAACACCAAGAGCAAUCAUCAUGUCUUCCAGAUACGCCGAGAUCCACAAGAACCCCAAAGGCCCAGGUGAUGCUCGUCCCACAGCCCUCCAAAUCCUCAAAGAUCAGAACCUUGGCUCCAGACUCCAGGGUAAGACGAUUUUGAUCACGGGUUGCUCCUCUGGUAUCGGUGUCGAAACCGCCAAGGCUCUCCACACUACUGGCGCCAUUCUCUACCUCACAGCCCGUAACCUGAACAAAGCCAAAGAAGCUCUAGCAGACAUCGUCUCCUCACCAAGAGUCAACCUCCUGGAACUCGACCUCAACUCCCUCGCCAGCGUCCGCGCUUGUGCCAAAGAGUUCCUGUCCCAAUCCCCUCAGCUCAACAUCUUCAUCGCUAAUGCGGGAGUCAUGGCCACUCCCGAAGGCCGCACCGAAGAUGGGUUUGAGACUCAAUUCGGCACCAAUCACCUCGCUCAUUUCCUCCUCUUUAACCUUCUCAAAUCGGCCCUGUUAGCUUCAAGCACACCAGAAUUCAACUCUCGCGCCAUCCUCCUGAGUUCCAUCUCACACCGCAUCAGCGAGCCAGACUUCGACAACUUGACUCUGGAAGGCAAGUAUCACUCCUGGGUCGCCUACGGUGCCUCCAAGACCGCCAAUCUCUGGACAGCCAACGAGAUCGAACGUCGUUACGGCACCAAGGGUCUGCAUGCCUGGGCUGUGCAGCCAGGUGGAGUGUUGACGAAUCUCGCGCAACAUCUUCCCGGCGAGGAAGCUGCGGAGAUGAUGAAGGAGCCUAUUCUGCUGGCGAUGUUUAAGAACCCGGAUCAGGGAGCCUCGACGAGCGUUUGGGCCGCGGUAGCGAGUGAGUUAGAGGGACAAGGUGGGAAGUUUUUGGAUGAUUGUCAGAUUUCAGGGCCUGCGAGAGAGGGGGCGACGACGUUUGAGCAUGGGACUUCGACUUGGGCUUUUGAUGAGGUUAAAGAGGGGAAGCUGUGGAAGAAGAGCUUGGAGUUGGUGGGGUUGAAGGAUAACUUGUGAAUUUGUUGGCUGCGAUGGUAAAUUGUCUAUAUUGGUGCGUUUGUUGCCAGAGGUGCAAGUCUUACAAUUUAAAGAUCAUUCUGUGCUUGAAAUUCAAGUUUGUCUUUCUUCACUCUCUCCUUUGUACAAAGUUGUUUUGAUUCCAGAGACCAG